CAGAAUUGGCGCUUGUAUCAAAAGGUGUCAAAUAUCUGGGACCUAGGGAUGCUUCUCGUAAUGAUAACAUCAUGACGAGCGAGACGUUCAUUUUUGAUAAUGUGUCAGUGGCGUUAAAAGCAGGCGACUUGACUGAAGAUGAUGCAAAGUGUAUUAUCUGUUGGUUAGAGGAAUAUUUUACUUCCACAAAAGGUGCAGUCACAACAGCUUUAUUAAAGAAGUGUGGUCAACUUCUAGCAGAUGAAUUAGACAACAUAAAACAAGAUUUGACCACAAAUAAGAUCGGAUUUACGUCUGCACCGGGACUGAAAAGUGAAUUCAUAAUGCAUGUGGCUGUCAAACCGUAUAGUGUACGAGAAACAAUGAUUAAAUGUUUAAAAAAAGCAGAAGAAGAAAAAAUAGAAAGUGUUGCUUUUCCAGCUCUUGCAGCCUCAAGAAAAGGUGUGAUUGAUCCAAGUGCAGAUUUAUUAAGCAACAUGAUGUAUUGGAGUGCUGGAAUUCCCGACGUUUACACAACAAAUGAAGGCACUUUGACUCUUUCGCAAAUAAGUAAAGAAAUGACCAAAGCUGUAAAAGAAUUUGCAAAGACCAAACCAAAAUACCUUACUGAUAUUCGUUUUGUGAUAUACCAGCCUUCGAUGAUGGAUGAUUUUCGAAAAGCUUUGGGAAAGGGCUUUGAUGCAAAGGACAAUUUGGCGGGUACUUUUUUCAAAGGUGCAAGGUAUUGUAUCGGUAAAAUGAUGUCAAAUACUAACGAGGAGCAAACGGAAAGGAAUACCGUAACCUUUGAUAUCUUGUCAACGAGUGAUGAAGUAAUUCAACAAGCAAUAAGAAAGCUAGACUCCUCUCUGGAGAAAGAAAUACUGACAAAAACUUUCAAUGACGAUAUCAUCCAACACCUUGAUGAAAGCCAGAUAUUAAAAUUAAUGAACAUUGCCAGACAACAGCAAGUGGUGGCCGAUAUCGACAUUGCCAAACGAAUUGUGACAAUUACAGGAAUGUCAAACAAUAUGCUUGACGCAAGUGACAAAUUUCACUUGUUUUUCAAAGAAGCCAUACAGAUGCACCUCAUAGCAGAUAUUGUUCAAUGGUAUGUCAUCAUCAUUUCCAAGACGGGGGAAGAAGUUGAGCCAUAUGAAAAGGAAGUAAAUCUACGAUUGGAAGAAGCGUACAGACAAAAAAAGAAAUAUGUUACUUACACAUCUGAAGACGUAGAAUACGUUGUAGAUUUUGACGCUAUGGAAGAGUACCCUAAAAACGACAAGGAUGAUGUUGCAAAAGUGAUUAGACGUGAAUCAUUUAAACCUCGAUCUUUUCCAUUACCAACUACUUGGGAUGAUAUGAAUGGCGUAAAUCUCAGAGUAGUUACACUGAAACCCACUAGCAAAGAAUAUGAUGAAAUUGAGCAAACAUUCUUGAAAUCGGCAGCUAAAAGGGCAACAUACAUUGUAAAUAAGAUUGACAGAAUCCAAAAUGUCACAUUGUGGGAGCAAUACAUGACAAAGAAGAAGCAGCUAGAUGAACAGAAUCCACCUGGAACACAAAACGAACAGUUGCUGUGGCACGGGACAAGGGAAGACGCGGUAGACAGUAUCAAUGCCCAUGGAUUUAAUCGUAGAUUCUGUGGUGAAAAUGCAACCGCAUAUGGGAAUGGGGUUUACUUUGCUGUUGAUGCGUCAUAUUCGUGCUCUGAAACGUAUUCUCGCCCAAACCGUAAUGGAAUUAAGAGGAUGUACUACUGCCGAGUAUUAAGUGGUGAAUACGCCAAAGGUGAAUCUGGUAUGAAAGUCCCUCCUCCAAAACCAAGUGGCGGACAUCAUGCUCUCUUUGAUUCUGUUGUCAAUAACAUGAUGAAUCCAAAUAUGUUUGUCAUAUUUCACGACACACAAGCAUGUCCAGAAUAUCUUAUUCAGUUUAAGAGUGCGUAAAAGAGGCUGCUCUUGAAAUUGUACGCUCUUUUUAAUAGGGUAUGAACACUGCUUAGUAACUAUGACACAGCCCCUAGCUGCAACAGUUUUGAUGAAACACACGAACUGUUAAACAAUUGUUCCACAUUUUACAUAGGGAUAAAAAAGGAUCUGUACAUGUACUGUUUGGGCAAAACAUACUUUGGACAAAAUUAUAUUCCUCGAUCUUCGUAGUCGAGAAUAUAGUAGCAAUGGACCUGCUGUGUUGUUAAUAUUAUUUAAUCGGUAAUUAAUGUUGUAAACAGAAAUUGUGCUUUUCAUUUUGACGCGCAUUUUGUUUCUUUAAUAAAUACAAUAAAUCGUGUAGCUUUGUAUAAACACUUUGAAUCAAAACUGUUCUGUUCUUUUCUGAUAAAACACUUUGUAAAAUUGCAAUAGGUGUUUCAAUAUAUUGGUACACUUGCUUUUGAUUAUCACUUGAUUUUAUAACAUUUAUGCUAAAUUAUAUGUUAGCAUCGUAAUUAUAAUUAUAAAAAAUAUUACAAUAAUUAUAAUGAAGUUUUUCACUUGUUUCUGUUUCAAUUCUAAAAUCCUUUUAUGAAGUAUUACUAGUACAACAUAUAUAUAGUAACGAAAAUCAUUCCAAAACUAAAAAUAGAUGUAAUUUUGGCGGUCUUGCCUUGUUGAUUAUUAUAGCAUUAUAACUCAAUAGGAUGUGUACCACGAAUGAUUGUCGUGUUGUAAAAAUGUUAUCUGAAAAUAUUUGUACAUAAAAAUUCUUGUAUUGUACAAUUAAUAUUAUUUAUGCAGUUUCUUUAGUUAUCUGGUAUAUCAGUUUAAAAAUGUGUACACGUAAAGUAAAAUAAGAAAUAAUAGAAUUUUACGUAAAUCAUAAUUAUUUAAGAAAUAUGAAAGUCAAACAUUAUAUAACAGAUUAAUUUGACGUUUUAAAGAUUAUUUUUCGUAAAUUUGUAUCCUUAAGAUAAUGUAACAUUUUUUUUCAAAGAACAAUAAAAAUCGAAGUACAGCUUUUACAAAGUGUAACUUUUUCUAAAACAUAAAAUCUAAAUGUAUAGCUUAAAUGAGGUAGGACUUAAAUACCCACCACGACCUAGUAACCUACCUUUUUCAUCCACAAAAUCUUCAUGAAAAUCAUUCUUAUAAUACAGGUAUUAUACAGCUAUACUACAAGUUUUAGGUAUAGCUUUAAGAAUAUAGAUGAAUCACUGUCUUACACUGAAAUUUAACUAGAUACAUUAAUUCAAUAAAAUGAUAAGACAUUAAACACAUUGUCUUGACCUAAUAUACAUCACUGUCAAUUUGAAAUUAAAUUCUUGUAUAUAUCAUAUUUUUCAUGCAAAUCAUACAUAAUUACUAUCAUGGAAAUACAAAAGAAUACAGUUACUUUGUAGCGCGUCUUUAGGUGGGCGUUUAUUCCCCGGAUGGAAUUGAGUCUAAUCGGAUCUAGUAGCUCAGAUUUAUAGGCAUACAGACACUAAAUAGCCUGAGCACCUAUGAAAAAAUGGUAGUAGCAUAAUGGCGGAUUCAAAUAGUUCUCAGUUUUUUUUUGCAGUAAGAAGGAUUUUUCCUUGCAAUCAUUGCUAUAUAUUGGUUGAAAUCAUAUUGCAUGCCUAUACUUGACAUACUGGUAGCAUUUGCAUGUUGAAAAAAGACUCCAAACUGAUUUAACAUGUGAAAUUUAUUCAUACACCCCUACCCUAAAUUGUGAUUGUCAUUUCAGUGUAAAAAUUACGGUGUGUCCGUUUGACCAGAAAUAUUUUUCUUGCAUCAAACAUGACCCCUACUUUUCUUUGGAUAUUUUACAGUAUUAAUGUUGCUCUACAAGAAAAUGUAAGUUAAAGAAAUUUAAAAUGGGUCUAGAUGUGUAUUGCAGCAUUGUGAAAACUUGUCAUUUUAUAUAGAAUAUAUAGUGGUGGCUAUUUAGUGUGUUAUAACCUAAAACGGUUAAACACCGUGAACCGGAAAUGGAGUUUUACAGCCUUGUUUACGGCGCUUUACGGGGAUAAAAUAACAUUUCUACAAAAGUAGUGUAAUUUCUUCAUUCAAAUAAUAUUUUAUUUGUCAUAAUUUUAUCAAUGUUUAUUUCGCUACGAUGUUUCUUUGACAUUGAAGUUGUACCUUAUCAUUCCGCCGUAUUGUUCUCGCAUUGUUCCCGAUUAAGAGGUGGUGUGAAAUUUUGACCAGAGAACAAUGUUCUUGGGCCUUGUUCGUGUCAUUAUGGCGGACACUGAAUAACAAGAAGAACGAAGCGCCCAAGGACGCUCUCUGUGAAUAUGUAUAUAAAUCUGUUAUUGUAAUAUAAUCUUUAAAGUAUACACAACAGUAAAUAA